AUGGUCGUAGCUUCGAUUCUGUUCAUACUCUACAGCGCCCUCGUCACUGUCUCGACGGAAAAUGGACUAGGCCAACCCCUCAGUCAUAUCCUGAAUCAGUCAUCCUACGCGAAAGCCAUCAAAUACGUCAUCAUAGCCCAAGCCGUCUUCCUCGCCGCCAUCGCGGUUGCCAGCAGCGCUGUCGCGAUAUUCCUUCUCCGGCUUGUCGUCAACAAGUGGCAGAGAGGACUUUUAUGGAGUUGCAUAAUCUCCCACUGCAUCUUCAACACCCUAUCAAUACUCGCCGUAUAUCUCCAAUGCUCGCCAGUUGACCGUCUAUGGGAUCGACAGAUACCCGGUGCAAAAUGCUGGAAAAACGCCCACGCGCUGAAUUAUCUUGCCUCAUUGCUGUUCCGGACUGGCCAUACGUUCGUGGGCGUAGCGUACACUCACCUCGCGAUCUGGUCCUCCACCGAGCUUUUCUGCAGCAUGGUCUUCGCUAGCAUCCCGAUCCUGCGCCUACUAUACAUGGCCGUCGUUCACGGAACCUAUGAAAACGCGUCUAAGUCCAGCAGUCAACGCUCGAGAGGAUAUCCGCUGCGGGACUACGGCAAUCACAGCACUACCAAUAAGAGCAGCUUAGGCGCUGCCACAACUGUGCACACCGCCGUCAGGUUUCAACCGCAUAAUGCUAGCGAGGAAAGUAUACUCGGGGCUCCUGGGAAACCUCGUCCCUGA